AUGACCGGGCCGCCGUCCUCUUCCUACCCCAGCCAAGUCUCGCCGUCAGCCGUCGAGAUUUCGCCGGAAAACGAGGAGAAAAGCUCCGGUUUUGAUAGAAACUUCGCCGGCUUCGUUCUCCGUCGUCCGGCCGCCAUUUUUGGCGAUCCAGUUUGCAGUGCUAUAUGCACUACCCUAUGUACCUCCUCGGAUGUUGACAGACCCCAUACGUGGCCGGGUGCGUCCCGACGUAUGAGUGGGAGAUAUGAUGGUAAGAUGGCUGGUGAGAAUGUAGCCAGUGUGACGCGUCUUUGGAUUAGUUGA